UAUCCGAACACUUUCCCACUUUCCCACAAUCGCAUCGAACCCAGUCAUGGCUAGCACUAAAGAAGAGUGCGAGUUAAAGAGUCUGCUCAUUAUUUAUGAGAAGUGCGACUUGACGAGUGCAAUAGAGCCUUUGCUGCGGAGCAUAAAGGAGCCGCACGCCUGGAUGGACACAGUGGACACAGUUUUUGUGCAUGGACACUUGUAUAAUAGCUUCCUGGAGGCUGUGCGCAAUGGCAUCACACCCGAGGAUAUUGGCUGCACACACAACAAGCUUAGGGAUGCUGAUCUGCUAGUUAAUGUCUUUGAGUUGGUGACGAGGACUUAUCUGAGAACCAAUGAUCCCAGCACUCUCGUCACUCUGCGCUUAUUCUAUACGGAGUUGGACAUGGCACUGGAGCCACUGGACUAUACACAAGUUCUCAUUUGGAGUACAGAUAUAAAGAUUGCCUACAAAAUUGCGUUAUUGGUCGGCGUGGCGACGGUCUAUGUGAAUUGUGUUGAUAUUGCGCUGAAACCUGUGAGGCCCGAGUAUGAGACACGCUAUUGCUAUGCGGAGGUUGUGAAUGACAUUCACUACGAGGUGCUGACAAGUAAGUCCAUGGCUAUAGUUAUAUCCGCUUCAACGCUACCCCCAACUUGUCGGUCCAAAUAUUCGGCGCACAUGUUGCCCAAUAGGCAAAGGCGGAGUCAUUGAAGUUCUUCGACCUUACGACCAACCGGCAAUAACUCAAGCAUGGCCAGAUAGAGGAGCAACUUAGGCCAGAGAUGGCAGAAAGAACGUUGCACACACUUCCUUCCCAUCAAGUUUCAUUUGUUUGUAGCUUGGCCCUGAAGCGGGAGAAAUAAACGAAACGAACUGCGUA